UCGCAACCAGCCCAAAAGAUCCAAAAAACGCCAUGCAAAUUUAACGUUGGAUAAAAUGAUGGAAAAAUUCCUUCAGCAGAGCGUGGAUACAGAAGAGAAAUUUUACAGAUAUGAAGAGCAGAGGCUCAAAAUUGAGGACAAACGUCGGGAAGCUGAGCAUGCUCGAGAGCUCCAGAUGUUACAGAUGUUGGGACAGAUGUUGGCAGGAAUUUCUUCUACGGUAUCACAAAGGUCACAAUCUAUACCAGCGAGUCCACCUCAGAGGACGAACCAUCGUUCGUAUGGGGAUAACUUUAAUUAUAAUGCUAUGACAGCAGCACUUUCUCCACCGAUAGUUAUAGAGAGAUCUUUUUCACUGCACAGAACACACUCUCUAAAGGAUAUGGAGAAUAUUUUUCAACUGGUGCGCAAUGUUAUCCCUCCCCUAACAGGGAAAAGGCAUAAAGGUCAAGAUGGACGUAUAGGCAUUGUUGGAGGAUGUCAAGAAUACACUGGAGCACCGUAUUUUGCUGCGAUUACAGCUCUCAAAGUGGGUGCAGAUUUGUCCCAUGUGUUUUGUACCAAAGAUGCAGCAACAGUAAUCAAAUCAUAUAGUCCAGAGCUGAUUGUUCAUCCAGUUCUGUAA